AUGGCAUCAUCAUUUUCUGUUGACACCGAGACAUUGCAUUUAUGGCGUGAUCGUUUACGAAGUAUCAACUUCUGCUCGGGCUACUCGACCAAGAAUACGACAGGCUCUUGGAAGAGGAUGACAGGCUCUUGGAAGAGGAUGACGACAGGUUCAUCGUCCUUACGGCAUAAGCUUUCAAGAUCAUCUGCAGUACCUCAAAUAAUCCAAAAGCUAAUCCAAAAGCUAUUGAUGAAGAAGUACCUGCUGGUGGUCGAGAACCUCGGCGAGCCCAUCAACCUUAAUGCUUUAACAGAGGGCUUAUGCUUUCCUGCCCCUGAGUGGAAAGGCUCUGUUUGGUGCGUAUCCACCACCACUCAAGAUGUGUACCGAAGGAGCCAGCCAGCAGAUUAUACUUGGCUAAUCGAAUCUUUUAGUGGGGAUGAUAUGGUGAUUCUUACUCUCUACUCACUGCAUCAAGCGGCCAAGUACAUCUUGGCUGCGGUCGCCCACAAAGACGAGCAAUAUUGGCACCUCGUGGCAGUCCGGUGCUUUCACUACGUCACCAUGCUCCUUUCCCCCCCACUGUUCAUCGCCUCAUGGAGAUGGAGGCCAGAAGAGAUCUGCUGCAUUAGCCGACAUUCAGAUGAGCUGAUACGCCAGUGGUCUGCACAAGGCAUCCAUGUCAUCGACACAGAAAGAACGGGGGAGACUACAGGCAGUAGUUAUGAUGGCAAAUACAGUGAUAUAUACCAAGUUGGAAAUCUCAUCCUUGAAGCUUUCCGAGAGUACUCCUUGCUGGAGAUCCCCUUUCCUCCUGUGACGACUGAAGCUGAAGAAGCCACAAAAUCUACUGCACACUUCCUAGCAUGUCACAACCUCAUCGCAGAGCACCACACAACCGAUGAACUUUGCGACGGAGACCAUCCUAGGUUGGAACACAUGCAGUGGAUCUCACAUGUGGGAGACCAAGGAUGGUUGAGCUACGGAGCUAGUGACCCAACAACACUCAUUUUAAGGCAUUGCUCACAGCAAUCAAGCAAAAAUCUCAACUUGCUCUGCUUUGAUCUUUCCUACUCAAAUAUAAACACAUUCCACAACGACUUCUUCUGUAGCAUGCCUAAUCUGCAAGAGCUCUUGCUUGUCAAGUGCUCCAACCUUGAGGAAUUGCCACCUUCCGUUGGUGCUUUGUCUAGUCUAACAAAACUCGAGCUCACAGGGACUCAAAUAAAAUAUUUUCCUAUGGAGAUAUUUGAAGAGAUGAAUAAUCUUCGAUCACUGAAGCUAAUUGAGAACAAGAACUUGUUGUUGAGGCGACUGUCCUUGCGUGGAUGUAGAAAGUUGGAGUUUGUUGACAUUAAGGAGGUUGGUGCUUUGGAGGAGCUUGAUCUAUCUGCUACGGCUACCAAGGAGCUCCCAGACAGCAUCCCUAAUCUGCCACAGCUUAGAAAAUUGCUUCUCUUGGGUGUUCCUUCCCUGAGACGAUUUCCUUGGCAUAAGCUGCAGAGACUCCCGGAUGUGUUUUGCUUGGAUCAGUGCUCAAACAGAACCAUUAAUCAUUCGGAUCAUCCACAAGGUGCUCAGGUGUGCAUAAGUGAUUCCAGAUUGUUUUAUAGCUUCGGUUAUGACACCAUGAAUUCAGUAAGGGUUGGGGAACUUUUGACAACUUUCUAUGUUCGAGUUACAUCAUGCAAGUCCACAAGCAGCAAGUUAAAGGAUGAAGAGGACAUGGUGAUGAUCAACAAGGUUCAGAUGGCACCACCAGCUUACGCUGAUGUAAACCGUCUGUAUCUUACAGACGGAGUCUCUAUGGUGUCAAUGGAUAACGUAUCUCCCUUUCGGGUGACCAAGCGUCACGUGGAGAUCUCAGCUGCUGAUCGGUAUCCCGAUGGUCUGGAGUAUCUUCUGAGAGUCACCAAAUCAAUUAGCAUGUUGGGUGAUUAUGGUAGGUCUUCAGUUAUAACUGGGAUGUACCACCUCUACAAAAUGCAUGUCUCCCGUCUCAGAAGUCUAACCCAUUUCUACAGUGGUGGUGAUGAUUUCAAUGCACUGAAGCACCUCUUCUUAGAGUACUGCCCGAGGUUGGAGGGCAUCGUUCGACGUGAUUGUGAGCUACCAAGCCUUGAGACGCUGGACAUCCUGUGCUGCUACAACCUCAAGGCAAUUUUCUAUGGCAAUGGUCCUCCAUCAUCUCCUGCUGGUUACAAGCUCCCGUGUCUCCGGAGGAUACGGCUCCAGGAGCUGCCACUGCUGGAGCAUCUCCACGUCGACAACCCCAUGCUGAUCGCGCCUGCGUGGGAGCAGCUCCACGUCCGCGGCUGCUGGAGCUUGCGCCACCUCCCACGCUUCCACCAACAACCAGACAAGGCCGUGGAGGUGAGCGGCGAGCUGGCCUGGUGGAACAAGCUGUGCUGGGAUGGCACAUACUCACACCAUGGCAGCUACAAGCCCAUGCUUCCCCCAGCUUUCGCUUCGCGCCGCGAGCGGGUCGUCAUCGAGAGCUAUCUCAGAUGA